UAUCCCAGGUUUGGCUUCCGUGAAUAGGCUUAACAAUACAAGCAGGUAUAUGCAAAUGCUCCCAGGUAGUAUUAAAACAGUUAUCAAUCAGUUGGGGUCUACCCUUCUUUAUAAGUGUUUGAGAGCAUCAAUUGUUGAAUGUCACUCCCAAAAGAUACGUGCGCCAGAAUCACUGCACAUUUACAACCUUGUGACAAAAUUAAUGAGAGCCCUGAAGCUCUAAAUCGUGAUGAUUCGUCGAUGAUGCAACCAGCGAAAGAAGACACUGGAAGAAUAUAAACGUUCACACGUGGCAAAAGACGAUUCGAGUCGGAGUGGUGCAGGCGUCUAACUUGAACCACGAGAGAACAUGUGGAUAUAUGUGGGCUUGCUGCUUUGUGCAGCGCUGUAUACGUACUUGAAAAGGCGCAGCCACAGUCGUAAAUAUCCGCCAGGUCCCCCCGGUCUGCCACUCAUUGGAAAUCUACUUUCUGUCAAGCGCAGCUUCUACUUUCAUGACUGCAUCCGAUGGGCGAAAGAGUACGGCCCUGUACUGUGGAUAAAAUUGGCCUUCACAAACGUCGUGGUCCUUGUGGAUGACGCUUCGAUACAAAAAUAUCUCUGCAAGAGAGAAAUGUUGAAUCGUCCCUCUAAAUGGACAGUGCAGAACAAGAGCAAAGGGAUCGUCGCUUUGAACGGCCAGGAAUGGAAGGAAAAUAGACGGCUGUGUAUGCAGAUUCUCACCGACCUGGGAUACGGAAAGGAGUCUAUGCACGCACUCAUUCAGGAAGAAGCGCGGCACUUGGUUGCAAAGAUCGCAGAAGCCGGAGGCAAGCCAAUCGCAUCGCGAGGGCUCUUGGAUGCCAGCGUGCUCAACAACAUUACUUUCUACCUGUUUGGCAAACGCCAUGACCUGGACGACCCUAAACGGCGCCAACUCGACGCUCUCAUUGCUGGGUUCUUUCAAUCUGGGCUCGACUUCUCCAUUGAAUGGUUGCCUGGCUGGCUUAGGCGAGCGUCGCAGCGUCUCUUCCCGACGAUGCGCUGCUCUGCCGUCAGCAGGCUGGCCGAGGAUAUCACAGAUUACAUGAGAGAGGAGAUAGAACAUCAUCAGAGGAUACCAGAGAGCCAGCGCCCGAGAUGCUUUGUGGAUUCAUUCUUGCGAGAAAUUCAAAGUCAGGAACAAGCUGACAUCACAAUGGACCACCUAGUUGGUAACGUCUCUGAUCUGGUGGUGGCUGGCAUAUUGACCACAACGGCAACUCUUCAGUGGCACCUGCUGCAGCUAGCCCUAGAGUCAUGCAGGUUGCAAGCGCAGUUGCAGCAGGAGCUCGACCUAAUCGUCGGACGAGAGCGUCCACCUGCGUGGGAGGAUCGCCACCGCAUGCCGCUCACCAUGGCGACCAUCUGGGAAAUGUACCGCUGGAAGGUGGUGACACCUCUCGGUCUGCCCAGGGAGGCAUCAGAGGAUACCUGCAUCGGGGACCACUUCGUACCUAAAGGUACCGUAAUAGUGGCCAACAUGUGGACGGCUCACAUGAACUCUGAACAUUGGGAGCACCCGCAGAUAUUCGACCCUACAAGAUUCUUGAAACCGGAUGGAUCGGCGGCCGUCACGCGGCCAGCCAACUUGUUUCCUUUCAGCGUCGGCAAACGCAUGUGUCCCGGCGAACCCUUGGCGCAGGCAGUGGUGUUUCUGUAUUUAACGUCACUGCUGCAGAAGUACCACAUCUUGCACGAGGAAGGUGUCCAGCCAGACAUCAACGGCGCUGACGUGUUUCCCAGUAAGGUAGCGGGUGUGAGGCUCCGCUUCUUGCCACGCUGAACACACCAC